GAGGAUGCACAACCAUCGCGAACAGGGCAGCGGUUGCCAACGAUACAAUGCUUCAUCUCACGGAUGAACCCCGGGCAUAGGUGCCUUAUCAGUACUGCCGUCCUCAAGGUGAAGCUGCACCGUCUUUGUCUUUACCGCAAAAUUGAACAGUCACUCCUGAGAGGUCCAGAGUASUCGGAGACGACCGGGACUUAAUGUUUCUUGGAGAGAAGCUGCUGCGGGAGGAUGCUGGAGCCAUGGGUUUCCUCUUCAGCCUUGGAUGAACCGAAAUAAACUGGAUCCACGUCAGUCCACCAACCUGCCCCRGCCCACAGCAGGGGUUCCCCUGUCCCCGUCGCCCUCUCCAGCUAUGGCAGGUUUCAAACGUGGAUAUGARGGCAAGAUUGCUGGUCUGUAUGACCUCGAUAAGACGCUGGGCCGUGGCCACUUUGCCGUGGUCAAGCUGGCGCGUCACGUCUUCACCGGGGAAAAGGUGGCCGUCAAGGUGAUUGAUAAGACCAAGCUGGACACUGUCGCGACGGGUCACCUUUUCCAGGAGGUCCGCUGCAUGAAGCUGGUGCAGCACCCUAAUAUUGUGCGGCUGUACGAAGUGAUAGACACUCAGACCAAGCUUUACCUCAUCUUGGAGUUGGGUGAUGGAGGAGACAUGUUUGACUACAUCAUGAAACACGAGCAAGGUCUGAAUGAAGAGCUGGCCAAGAAAUAUUUUGCCCAGAUAGUCCACGCAAUCUCUUACUGCCAUCGCCUGCAUGUGGUGCACAGGGACCUCAAGCCUGAGAACGUGGUGUUCUUUGAAAAACAAGGACUUGUUAAGCUCACUGACUUUGGAUUCAGUAACAAGUUUCAGCCAGGGAAAAAGCUAACCACCAGUUGUGGAUCACUGGCAUACUCUGCACCGGAAAUACUCCUAGGCGAUGAGUAUGAUGCUCCAGCUGUAGACAUCUGGAGUCUUGGUGUGAUCCUGUUUAUGUUGGUCUGUGGCCAGCCACCUUUCCAGGAAGCUAAUGACAGUGAGACCCUCACCAUGAUCAUGGACUGUAAAUACACUCUACCCGUCCACGUCUCCGGUGCCUGCAAAGACCUGAUAGACCGGAUGCUUCAGAGYGACCCCAAGCGCCGAGCUUCUUUGGAAGAGAUUGAGAGCCACAGUUGGCUUCAGGGGGUCGAUCCAUCACCUGCCACCAAGUACAGCACCCCUCUGGUGUCCCACAAACACCUGUCCGAGGAGGAGCACAACAGCAUCAUCCAGCGCAUGGUGCUCGGGGACAUUGCUGACCGAGAGGCUAUAAUUGAGGCCCUGGAGACCAACAAAUACAACCACAUAACAGCCACGUACUACUUGUUAGCUGAGAGGAUCCUGAGGGAGAAGCAGGAGAAGGAGGUCCAGACCCGCUCGUCCAGCCCCAGCAACAUCAAGGCUCACUUCAGGCAGUCUUGGCCCACCAGAAUGGACAUGCACCAGGAUAUAGAGGACACUUUGGCGUCUUCGUCCAUCUCACAUGGCGGAGGCCCACAGUCUCCCGCUCGCAGCGCUGAGAAUCUGCUCAACGGACAUCGCUCCAAAGCCUUGCUGGAACUGAGRCAACGGGAGGGGAGUUCAGUGGUGGACUCCGUGGGACCCUCAGCUCAGGGAGCGUGUGCCGCUGCCUCCGGACCUGUUCCUGCMUCUGGGUCUGGGACCAUCAGAGCCCCCGUCCCCUCCACGACCGCUGCAGCCAAGCAGAGGAUCUGCCUGUUCAGGGUGGAGGAGGAUGAAGAGGAGGAGGAGGAGCAGGACCCGUCUCCCCUUCCGACCCACGUGAUCCUGCGACGGAAGCCCCCCUCCAUCACCAACCGCCUGACGUCCAGGAAGAGCGCCCCUGUGCUGAACCAGAUCUUCGAGGAGGAGGGGGAGUCUGACGACGACUURGACAUGGACGAGGGGCUGCCCCCCAAACUCAGCCGCCUCAAGAUGAACAUGGCCGGGAGCGCAGGCGGUCUGAGCUCGGGGGCCGCCUCACCGGGACCCUCGCAGAAGCGCUACCACCGGCGCAAGAGCCAAGGGAGGGGGUCGUCGUGCUCCAGCUCCGAGACGAGUGACGACGACUCGGAGAGCCACCGCAGGCGGCUGGACAAAGACUCGGGCUUUAACUACAGCUGGAACAGGAGGGACAGCAGUGAGGGGCCGCCUGGCAGCGAGGGGGGCAACGGAGGGGGCAGCAGCUCAGGGCAGGGCAAGCCCUCCUCUGAGGGAGGGGGCUCCUCCGGCCCAGACAGGGGCAGCUCUCCUGGCGCGGGUGGGAGCGGGGGGAGAGAAGGCGGCGGGGGUGGGGGAGGGGGCAACCAAGGACAAGACAGCCCCUCCAGCUGCUGCCACAACAGCAGCAACACCAAGCCCACCCUCGGCGCCGUGACCCGCCUGUCCCGCACGCCGAGCCGGGGCAGCGAGCUGGUGGAGGGUCUGCAGCUGAUGAGCCUGUGCCUCAGCUCGCAGCUGCAGCAGCACCGCGGCGGGCGGGGGGCGCGGGGAGGGGGCAAGUUCCUCAUAGACCCCCGCAGCGUGAAGAUCCAGGAGAAGUCCACCUGGAGGAUGUGCAUCAGCUCCAGUGGGAGUCUGGACUCCAUCACCCUCCCCACCGCCACUGGCCUUCCUCGCGCCCACCACCACAGACCCGUGCCCCCCGGCCUGAAGGCAGGCUCCGCCCACCGGGACCUUCACAGGAACCUGAGCCCUCUGAAGAACGGCGUGCUGCAACUACCUCUGUGUGAGAAGACCAUCUCUGUGAACAUCCAGGGGGCUUCCAGAGACGCUCUGCUCUGUACCUCAGCUCCAGCCAGCUGCUGCCAGGUCGUCUGAACCCCCCACCACACACACACACACACACACACACACACACACACACACACACACACACUGUUCUCGGACCGUUGGUUUGAAACUCUUCAUUUUGUGUGCCUGCUGCUGUGUCCCGCCCUCUGCUUGUUGUUUUAUCAUCUGUUAGUUUUUUAUCUUAUUUAUGUUUCUCUGCAGCACUUUGAAGCUAAAAUCCAGAGUUUAGUUCUGAAUCAGAUCCUGAAAGAUUUGGUUUGUUCCCAAAGUCUUUAGAGUUGAGUACUUUUAAUGUUACAAGGUUAACGCCCCAAUCAGAAGAUUAUUAUUAUUAAUAUUGUUAUUAUUAUUAUUAUUAUUAUUAUUGUUGGAACUGAAAACAAAUCAUCUGCAGUUUAUAUUGAGUCAAACCAAAAGUAAUAGUUUUACAUUAUUAUGGAAGAUUUGUUUGUAAAAUAAAACCAGGUUUAUGGAGAAACUGAUUGUUCUUAAAGGAGAACACUUCUCUGCUGAAUCCUCUGUUACAGAAAAUCUUUUUGACUUGUUUGACAGAGGCAGAACUUUCUGCCGAGUCGGCGUUAAAUGUAUUUUUAGCUCGUUACUGUACACCUGAGUAAAAAGACAGCCGUACAUCUUUCAUUUCUCUGUGUCCUCGUCGGAUCGUAUUAAU